UAGUUACAUUUUUAAAUGUUAAAUGUAAUUUUUCACAAUAAAGUGAGCAAAUGAGCUCCUUGAAUAACAUUGGGAAAUACAGUUAACAUUUUAAAGUUGCUCGAUAAGACAAUUUCUAAUAGAAAAUUUCAAACAAAAGAGGGCUGUUGGGCAGUGACAGCAUGUAUCCCUUGGCACAAAUAAUCCGAAGACGUAAGAGCCUAAAGACUACAAAAGUCUUUGAAUAAGUGUGCAUUCCAUUGCAAUGAGUGUCAAGUCCAUUUUCGCAGGAUACUUGCAAAUGAAGGAAUGAUUAUUUGAGUUUUCUUGUGCUUUUCUGCAUUUGCAAUAUUCUUUAAAGUUGGGUCCUUUUUCCAAAACAUCAUGUAUUUGUAUCAGCUUUUCUCACCUCAGUGUCGUCUUCACAUUUCUGUUUCCGUGGAAGAGGAGAUGACAGUGUAUGAAUCUAUUUUAGGACUGAGAGUCUGUCACGGGAUGGACGUCAUUGCACUCAGAUUCUAAAAUCAGUUCAGGUGUCCCUUUCUGGUGCAGGAUGACAUUCAAUGGCAUCUCUUGUCAAACCACAUUUCUAAAAGUUUCAUCCCUUCCUUUUACUAUUGCUGCAGCUUCUAGAACCCAAAAUAAUCCUACUGUCAGAAUGCUGAAUUAUAAAUAAAUUUCAAGAGCCUUAAUAAAAUUAGUGCCUGUAAAGAGGUUCAUUACCCUUAUUCUUCAAAAUAUCUUAUUUUGUGUUCAGCAGAAGAAAUAAAUUCAUACAGGUUCGGAAUAACUUGAGGGUGAGUACAUUAUGACAGAUUUUCAUUUUUGUGUGCACUAUCCCUUUAAAACCUGCUCCCAAGUGCACAUCAGAUGCUCUCUGUUAGGACUAGAUGGACAGUGGCUCACUAUGGCAACCUCAGUACACAGUAGAGACAGCAAUCAUUGUUCAGUGGAUCACUACUAGAGACCAUACAAAAAUUGCUACAGUUUUAAAGUGUCUUAAGAAUCAAGAACGGUAUGAAUACUUUUUGUUUUUAUUUGUAUUUUCAUUCUUACAUUUGCUUUCUAUCUGAAAAGAUUAACAAUCUUGUGUUACCAGAAGAUAGUCAGAUCGGUCUUUAAUUCAACUACAACUGAGCAAAUCUAAUGUGUUGCAGAUUAUUCUGUCAGACUUGAUAAUGUCAUCAAGUCCUCAGGUAUCUCACAGCCAGAGUGUCCUUCCCUUGUUCAUGGGUAAAGGCAGAAAUGUCACCUUCGCUUUGGACUCCUCUGUGGGAAUGAAUGGCUUUUUGGGAUCAGUGAAGAAUCUUAUCAUUCAAACCUUGAUUACUAAAGCUUCACUCAGAGACUCGCUCUUCAACAUUAUCAGCUUUUCAUACAAGUCAACACCAUGGUCUUCUCACAUGAUGCCCUGCACCCCUGAUGUAGUCUAUGAAGCAUUGAGCUGGAUCCACACAUUACAGACAAGUCCUGGCAGAGACCUCCACUCAGCACUGGUCUUAGCUUUCUCUGACCCUGUCUGUCAGUCUGUCCAUUUGGUGACCAGCGGUCUCCCAGACAACCCACCACAAUGUCUAGCUUCACUAUCAACCCUGGUGAUGCGCCCAGUGAAUACAUUUUACAUACCUGACAAGACUCCAAUGAACACUGACGUUUCAGACUUCUUGCAGUGCAUCACCACCACCACUAGAGGAAGCUGUUACGUCAUGACGCUCAACUCAUCUGGCAACGUGGACCAGCUUAGUUUGUUGCAUUCAACGGAUGACUUGAUUCAAAAGCCAUCAUACUCUGAGGACCCAUGCCAUUCAGUGAACUUCAAUCAUGUCCCAUUCUACAACUGCACAAGCUGUGUCUGUUCCUUACCAUGCUGGUGUUCCCCUAUGAAUCCUUUUAGUACAGUAUCAUGUGUAUCUGCAAGGGUAAUGCGAGGUGCUGAGCUUUUUCCUGGCUGUCGUGUGUUAGACAGAAGAGAGAUAGAUGGGUUUUACUACCUGGGGACAAUCAUACAUCAGGGCAGAGGGAAUCUUUAUGCGGUGGAGUUUGAUAAGUUUGGAUCUAAAAGAAAUACAUUUAUGGAUACAUUAAAUACAGUUCAGCCAAUUUUCCAGCCUGAUAUGGUUAGUCUAGCCAGUGCACAUAGACACAGUAUUGUACCAGGAGACACUGUUCUGGCACCAUGGGAGCCUGACAUGAGACGAUAUGGGCCUGGAAGAGUCAUUUCCGGUAUGGAGCUAAGAGAUCCACUUAAAAGUGAUGAAGGUCUUUUGGGACUCCAGGUUCUCUUCUGGAAUGGGAUGACAAUUCAUGUUCCCAGACAGCUCGCAGUAUGGAUUCCAGCCUCUCAUUAUGAGCAAAUUAUCAAAGACCACCAGCAUUAUUCAUCUUGGCCAUGUUGCUCCAGGGUUUCCCACUGCGGCACCAUGAAUUGUUUUGAAUUGCCAUGUCACCAGUGCAACCACCACAGUCUGUCCUCCAUCCCACCAUGCCACUGUCCAGUCAAGAGAUGCUGGCCAAUGUUCAUGUCAUCUCCAAUACUGAAUAACCAAAGGAGAGAUGAGCUGAAAAGGAAAUUAGAUCUCCAACUGAAAAAACUACAGAGCUCUCAACAGACACAAGUGCCUUCAUGUUCCUCAUCAUCAACCUCUGACUCAGAUGAGAAUGAGGAGGAUACUGCAGCUGAAAAACACAGGCCUUCAAAGUCAGAACUGGUGAGCCGAUCGAUAAACACAGACAUUUCCUGUCUGAGAAAGCCAUACACUCAACCUGAGACCAAACCGGACUGGAGAUACUGGAAAAGGGGUUCUGCAGAACCACAGCACAAGAAACCAGGAAGAGCAGUCAGGUCUCCAAAUGUCAGCCAUUCUUGGCCUAGAGACACUGGGAAUUCUGGGAGCUCUACAGAUAACACUGUGAUGACCAAUCACAGCUCUUUAUUUAAGAUGGUUCCUGAUUCACCAAAACGAGAACGAGGAGUUAAUAUGAGGGAAAUAUUUGGAUCAGCACAAGGCCAUCUAAACUGAUAGUAUCGCCUAUUUUUUUCCCCCCCAGAGAUGAUAUUUGUU